GCUGCGAUAUAGACGAUACGGGAUAUCGCCAUCGCAUCCCAUCCCAUCCCAUCCACAAAAGCCACAAAUCCAGCGACGAAAGUCGCCUGUGGACUGGACUGUGUUGUACCUGUAUCUGGCUGGUCCUUCUCCCCGGCUCCAGUAGGGAACAGUAGUCACUAUUGGCAUUCGCAUUGGCUCUCGAUCCCGAUUCGAAUUCAACCUGGUCCAAUCCCAUCCGCCCAGAAUCCAUCCAUCCAUCCCACCGUCGCCGUGCCUAAUGGAUUGUCGCCAGGAUACGGCAAAGACCAUAGACCAUCCGUUCUGUAUCCUGUAUCCGUACUGUACGAACAGGCACCGAAAUAACUGCUGCAUCCUUCCUCCCGCUGCAUCGGGUUCAAAGGUUGCUUGCAUCUUCGGUAGCAAUCUGGGACCACCCACACCCGCCAUCCUUGAUCACCACCACGAGACCCGCGGUUUCAACACCAUCCAUCUUCUUUCUAUUCUUCGUUUCUCUCUCAAUCUUCCUCUUUCUCGUUCUAUCGCACACGCGCUGUCGUCAACGGCCCGCGGUUUGACCUGUCAUCGAGCACAGUUCAACGACGACAGUUGGAAUACCGCCCAACGCAGACGCAGACCCAGACCCAAAACGCAAUCCUUGCCGCGUCAUCGCAUCUGCCACAUUCCGGAGGGGAACCACAAACUCCAAAAGAACAAUCAUCGCAUUCGCCAGGGCUGCCAACAGAGGCCCCGCCGCUCACACAGCCUAGCCGAUCCGCCUCCGAUUCCCAACGCCGACGCCGAGUCCCCGACUCCUCAUCACCACCUCCGGGCCGCCGCUAUUCUCCAGGCACCUCGCGACAACGAGCUGAUUAUGUCAUCGUGAACCAAGACGCUCAAAUAUUCACUUGGUGUACCCUUUUCUUGAGCAGCGCUCACUUCGUCCUCUCCUUAAUCUACCCUGUUUCGCCUCGCCUCUCAGGUGAGGGGCACCCAUCACUGUUCCAAGCCCUCACCCCGUGUCCACCGUCGCCAUGGAGGGCAUCCGCGCCACCACCGGUGGCUUCAUGCAGCGGCGUCUAAGCCGCCUAUAUAAUGACACGAAAAAGUCUUCGGAUUUCGUCCAGGAGCCCACCAAGGCCCCCGAAGACCCCGAGAUCAAGUCCCUGUUCAGGAAACUGCGCAUCCAAAAGGACCGCGUGUCCGUCUGGGGCCUCGAAUGGACCGAUCCCAACCAGUCAGAUGAGAUUGACAGCUCGCUGUCAAAGGCCGGCCUGAGCGAGGUCGUCCACAGCAUUCUGUCGAGGGUUCGAGAAACACUAUCCGAGUUGGAUGCCUUGUGGAAGAGCUACACGAACCCGCUUGGUACCGUCUCGGAAAAGUCGUCGGGCGACCGCAAGACACCAUUUGUCACCUGGGACAAGGCCGUCUUUGCCGAUGCCAUCGCCGACCUCACGCAGUCGGUCGAUACCCUUUACGACCUUUCUAGAACACGCUCCUCGGGCCACAUGUCUUCUCGCUCCAAGCUCGAAAAGUCUAUGGCUUCCACUGAGGAGCUGAGGCCCUUCGAGUCCACCAGGAUGCAGACCCCCCAGGAGAUCGAUCCCAAGACCUUGACCAACAUCCGCGCCAUGCAGGCAGAGCCCAUGACCGAAUCCAGAGCCAACCUCCCGCCGAGGGACAUCGUAUUCAUGAGCAAGCAGGCCUGGUCCGACUUGUCACAGCACAUCGGCCGCCAGCCGUUCGCGCCACUGUUGUUGGAGUAUGCCACCUUCGAUUCCAUCUACUCGAUCACGGGCAUCAUGCCCCCCAUGUCGCGUUUCGAGAAGCUGUCGGCCGGCUUGCAGCAAGAUUCGCAAAGGGCGCCGGGCACCUGGAUCGGUUUGCCCCGGUUGCUGGGCUAUUUUGAGGAUCUGGAACACUCCCGCCUCGGGCUCGUGUACCAUUUCCCGCCCAACUUCAACGCCGUCUCUUUCGAGAACUUCACCCAGAACCCGCUCUACAACGUUUGCACGCUCGCCGAUCUUCUCUCACGGCCUGAUUUUGAGCCGACCUUGGAGGCAAAGUUCCGUCUGGCCUCGAACCUCGUCAACACCGUCUUCGACUUGCACGCGAGGGGCAUCACCCACGGCUGCAUCAUCGACAAGAAUGUCUCCUUUUGCAACAUGGCCACGCCAGACCUGACCACGGGUCCCGGCGAGGUGGAUAUCCGCCGGCCCCUGGUCUCGUCUUUCGACCUGUUCCCAGAUGCGCCAUCGGACGAGGAGCCGGUCUCGCCAUCCCUGCCUCUCUUCCGCCAUCCCCUGGAUCCUCGCACGACACCAGCAUCUCCCAUCAACGACAAGAUGGACUCGCGAAUCCUCGAUCUCUACUCUCUUGCCAUGGUUCUGCUAUCUAUCGGUCUGUGGACAAAGCUCGAGAACCUUGUACCCGACCCAUCUCAGCCGAUCCCCGAAUCCGUCCUUAACCAACUGGGCAUUCGCUGCUCCUCCAUGUACAAGAGAGCUGUCGAGACCUGCUGGACCGCCGUCGACACACAGCUCCAAGGAGUCGCCGCGGACGAGGAGCUUCUUUCCGCUGUACAGGUCACUGUGACGCGCUGCUUAGACUCGUGUGCCAUUCUCGACAACAUGAACUCCCUCGAGGACCGCCUUAACCUCGACCUGGGCAAGACCACCGCUUCCCCUGUGGGCACCCCCACCAGGCAAAGCAUAUCUGGGCCUUCUAAAGACGCACAGGCUUUCCGCCCGUCUGUCGGCGCGCAUCGCUCAUCAUUCGAUAUCAAGGCUCCUGUCUCUGAACCUAGCCCUGCUCCCCGCUCGUAUCCUUCAGCCGCGGAGGAAAAGCGGCAGCUUGCUAGGAAAGAGGUUGCGGCCGCCCCCGCCCCCGCCCCCGCGGAGUUGCCCGCUGAGUUGCCCGCCGAGCUGCCUGCCGAGACGAAGGCUGCCAAGCCGCCUUCCACCAAGACCCGGCUGUAUCCUCAGAUCCCACUGCCUCCCGAUGCUGUCGAGAGGUGGAACACGUUUGUGAUGCCCCAGGUCAACCAAGCCUUGCGACAUUUCUACCGAAAGCACCGGGAAGAGUCUGUUGAGGUAUCUCUCGAGUCUAUCGGCAGCUCCCCGACGAGGACACAGCCCACCGUUCUAGUUGUGUGUACGUCUGUCAGUAAGGUUAAGGCCAUUCUUACACGCAAAAUGGGCGAGCUAUUUGACGGCAAGUCAGGGUUUGGCUUGAAGGUAUGCAAGGGACACGUCAUGAGGUCACGGAAACAGUCAGGCGACGUCAAGCGAAGCGCAGCACACGAUGAUGACGACGACGACGAAGGCGGUAUCAAAGCCGCCAACCCCGACUUUCAAGCGCGUCCCAACAAUGGCGCGAGCAUCGGAGCCUGGGUGGGGGACCGCCACCUGCCGCCCGUCAGCUUGGGCGGCCUUGUUAUGGUGGACGAUAAACCGUACGGGAUGACGGUUCAUCACAUGCUGGACGACCCCGAAGAGAUUUACAAGCACGCCAAAGCGCAGAACCCGGCGAUGCGGAGCAUGGCGAGAGACGCCGAUGACGUGCGGUUCGACUGGUACGCCGAGUCUUCCGCCGAGAGCAGCAGCGGAGAGGACUAUGCCUGCGAGUUUUCCGAAUCCGAAUCGGGGGCAUACUCAGAGACGGACGUCACUAGCGAGGAUUCCGAGGAGGAGGACAGCGGCGACGAGUCCGAAGGCGAAUAUGACCAGCCCGGCGACAUCCCGGGGGUUGAGCCCGGCUGCGGCGAGGGGUACAUCAUCACGCAGCCCGCCAUGGACGACGUCGACGAAGAGUUUUAUCCUUCUGAGGAAACAGCAAACGAGGACCAUCUGGAUAGCUUCACUGUUGGGGAGGUUUACGCGUCGAGCGGAAUCAAGCGCAGGGAGCAGAACGGCCUGAUCCAUGAGAUCGACUGGGCCCUGUUCGAGUUCGCCCCCGAGAGGCUGCCCGAUGACAACACGAUUCCCCGGAUUCAGAGCAAGCAGCUGUCGCCGUCGUACGGGAAACUUCCGUCGAAGCAUGGCAAGUUCAUGCACCCGAUGACCGUGGCACCGACGUCGGCGCUGCCUGGUUUGGAGGUGCAGUGCAUGGCUCGCACGAGCGGCCUGCAGACGGGUCUCAUCCUCCCCGCCCUCACGAGCGUCAAGAUCUUUGGGCGCGUGACGCCGAGCCACACGUACCAGGUCAGCAGCGCCGCCGCCGAGACACCUGCCGAGCUUGCCGGCGACAGCAAGAAGCUGGCCAUGGGAAUCCCCGGAGACAGCGGCGCGUGGGUCGUUGAGCGCGCCCACGGCCGGGUGUGUGGACAUGUUCUGGCGUGGAGUGGGCGGAAGCGCGUCGCCUACAUCUGUCCGAUGGACGUGAUGCUCCUCGACAUUGCCGAGGCGCUCGAAGCCCGCGAGGUCGGUUUGCCUGGCGGCGAGCCGGUCGUGAGUCUCCGGGACCGGUAUGGAGAAGAGGAGGAAGAGGAGGACGAGGACGAGGGAACCUACAGGGAAGACGAGCCGUCGUCGUCGCCUUUUUUGGAUCCCAAGGACGACGAUUUGGACGUGGUGUCGGAGGAGGGGGACGACGACGAGCUCCCAGUACUCGUUAGGUCGCGCGCGCCUCCUCGAAGGCGAGGCGAGAAUAGGAAAGGAGAGGAGCAAGAAAAGCAGCAGCAGCAGCAGAAGCAGGAGGAGCAGAAGCAAGAGGGCAGCCCGGAGGAGGGGCGGGAAAAGUUUGCUUCGGACGACAAUCAUGAAUUAUCGCGUAGGAUGGAGUCCAUGGGCAUCGGGAGGAGUCGUAUGGGCAUCGGCAUGUGCAGCUGACUGGCUGGAGGCAUCGUGCGGCCCGGCCUUGGAAUACCCCUAUUUUUUACCUAGACAAGCGAAGCGUUGACGAAGUAACGAAGCAUCGUCUUUCUCAUCACAUGAUCUUGUCGGGACCUUGUUUUGUUUCCCCCCCCCCC